UUGGCUGAGAUUGGCAAUGUACUCGCCGUGCUGUGUGUUGCUUCUUUGCUCGUGAACAGUGUAAACUUUGAUUUGAGUUACACUUUGAUUAUCCGAGUAAGUUUGUUCGGCUGCUAGUUUUCAUUGUACUGUCUGUAUGCAGGCGUCCUUGUGUGCGGAGCCCAAUGGAGCUGGAGGGUCAGUGGUGGAAAGGAGAACUUGCAGAGGACAUCUAUCAGGCCCUGCGUUACAAAGAGCUGCGGUUGCCUGCGUACAAAGGCCAGUCCCCACAGCUGAGCCUUAGGCGAUAUUUUGCAGACCUUAUCGCUAUAGUCAGCAAUCGCUUCAAGCUUUGCCCGGCGGCUAGACACUUGGCUGUUUAUCUGCUGGACCUGUUCAUGGACCGCUAUGACAUCUCAGUACAGCAGCUUCACAUGGUCACGCUGUCCUGCUUGCUUUUGGCCAGUAAGUUUGAGGAGAGAGAAGACUGUGUCCCGAAGCUGGAGACACUGAACAGUCUGGGCUGCAUGAGCUCUAUGAACCUGGUUCUGACCAAACAGGGUCUCCUGCACAUGGAGCUGCUGCUCCUCGAGACAUUUCAGUGGAACCUGUACCUCCCCACCGCUGCUCACUUCAUAGAGUACUACCUGCCGGUCGCUGUGAAUGAGACGGACCUGCAUGACGGCUGGCCGAUGGUGUGCAUGGAGAAGACCAUGCUGUACAUGUCCAAAUAUGCUGACUAUUUCCUAGAGGUCUCUUUACAAGACCAUGCAUUUCUGCGAUUCAUCCCGUCCCUGGUUGCUGCGGCGUGUGUUGCCUCCUCCAGGGUAAUCUUGCGUCUGUCUCCGACCUGGCCUCCGCGCCUGCAGCGUCUGUCAGCGUACACCUGGGAGCAGCUGCUGCCCUGCGUGGAGAGACUUCUAAUUGCUCAUGACAGUGACGUAAAGGAAGCAAACAAGCAGAAAUGCCCGAAGCCGAGUGCUCAGCCUGCACAGAUGGUGUAUCCCGUCCAGGGUCAGAGUGUGUCCUUGCAUCAGUACAUGCAGCGGCCGAACACGCAAUACAUGCAGCAGAGCUGCCAGCCGGUGGUAGUGUCUUCUCAAGGUCCUGCAACAUAUCUGACACAUACGGCCCCAAUGCAGGUCUCCACGGCCCCUCUGCACGGCCUCACGCAGACACAGACCAUGGAUGCCAAGGUGAACGUGCCCAGCAGGGCUUACCAGGUGAACCCGCUGUACCCCUGCGCCGCUCCCUGCUUCGACAGGUGUUGAAACCGGACAGGAAAGCAUCGGACCGUUUACACUGCACAGGGGAGAGUUUGUACUCAUAAAGCAAGCACACUGCUCUUAACUGUUACUUGAAUCAAAACACUUCAGCUGCUGGAUUCCGAAUCCUUUUUAAUUUACGAGACCAGGGUAAAAGCUAGAUUAUUUAAAUCACUGUAAUGUUCAUGAGGUGUGGGAUAAUACGAAAUGUGCAAUAUUCUAAUGCUGUCGUGCAUUACUCACUGAAUACUGCCUUGUGGUGUUGCACUUGUUGUGUUACGUUUACUUAAGUAUUAUUAUUUACGGCCAUCUUUCAUAAAUGAAGACAUGGGAUUUCAAAUGAACGUUGUAUAAGAAAUUAAUGUGGUUUUUAUUAACACAAGCAAGUGUUAUUUUCUCUACCUUACUGAAUGCAGACUAUUGUUGUCUCGUAACCUUACAAAUGCACUUUGGUACAGUGUUUUUUUUUUUUCUUUUAAUAAAAAUGCAACGUUUCUGUUGUAGCUAGUUUGGGUGUUGAAAUUUUACACUGAGGUUUGUAGCCACUGGAACAUGUUCAUGAUUAAAAUUCACCCUUCUCAGAUUCACACAAACAUUCACAUACUUAAACUGCUUGUUUGUAUUAGUUAAAACUUAACAAUCCCGUUUACUGUAUUUAUUUAUUUAUAAUUUUUUCUUGGUUAUAACCAUGAUUAUUACAAAACACUACGUUUUUUUUAAACAAACACGUGCAUUCUCAUUAAUUUACCCUAUAAUGACUAUAUAGAGGGAAAGAAAACACACACAUAAACACACUUUUAUUUAUUAAUUC